AUGGGUUCCAUCGCUUUAAUAUCUUCCGUUGUGGGUACUGCCAAUGGGCUAAUUUGUCUGUACAAUUACAAAGGGGAGAUAUAUAUAUGGAACCCCACCAUUAGCAAGUCAAAGAAACUACUUAAUUUGCCAUGGGAUUCCUCUUUCUAUAUGAAAUAUGGUUUUGGAUAUGAUGAAUCACGUGAUGAUUACAAAGCUCUGUUUAUUGAUGAUGAAUCCGACCUGAGUUAUGUGGUCAACAUUUAUAGUUUGAGGACGGAUUCUUGGAAAACACUCCAUGACCAGCUUAAGGGCUUCUUUCUAAUAAAUCUUCCGGCUAAAUUUGUCAACGGGAAGCUUUAUUGGACUGCAUCUACUAGUUUUUGUGAUAUCAAUGUGCGCAAGAUCAUUUCUUUUGAUGUAGCGGCCGAGACAUGGGGUAGCUUGGAGCUUCCCAUUUGUGGAGAAGACAAUUCAAAUUUCAAAUUGGGAGCUGUUGGAAAUGAGCUUUCUAUGAUUUACACUGCUAAUUUAGUUGCUACUACUUCAGAUGUCUGGAAUUUGAAGAAUAGCGGCUUACAUGUAUCUUGGACGAAACAGUUCAGAAUUGAAUAUCCUCAAAAUGCUGGGAUACAUAUGGGUUCUCCAACUACUUACCCAUUCUCUACACAUCUUCGCCACUCAACCAAGGGCGACAUUUUACUUUCCCUUCCCGGAGUUAUACUGAUGUUUGGGGGUUCAACAAGAAAGCUAGAGCACACUAUUGAUGUUGUGGGAUGCGAUCCAGUAGAAUUCUAUGCAGGAAGCAUUGUUAAUCCCUUACGAUUUCUG